UCGCCGAACACCAUCCAUAUGACAACACACUUUGACAGCAGGCCUGCUUUGUUUACAAACGUACGGACGCAGCUUUUGCUGGCCCACAAACGAAACGCAGUAAAUUUAACGCCCCAAAAUGGUCGAAGAAACGGUUCCGGUUGCAAAAACAAAGACGAAAACUGCGCGUCCCAAACCGGUGUACAUGUGGACUGUGGCCGAUACGCUGAAAUGGUUGCGAAGGCACUGUAACGAACGGUGCGCACAAUAUCAGGAACUGUUCCAGCGCCACGAAAUAACGGGCCGGGCGCUGCUGCGUAUCACGGACGAGCUGACGCUGCACCGGAUGGGGAUCGAGGACGAGAAAGAUCGGGACGACAUUUUGCGCGAAAUCAUCAAGCAGCGGCUAAAGACGGACAUUAUGGAGAUUCGCGACAUGGAGCUGAUGAACAAUGUGUACCAGAACUGUUACUAAAGUGGCAACUAGCACUAGUUGUGCUGUGAAACGUG